UCACGGAUUUGGUUUCUUUCCGAGCCAUUGAUGGCUCUUAUACUGACAGCAACUACCCUCGAACCCUUUUGGGGCCCUUCAUUAAACACUCACUCUAUGUCUCUUACCUUCUCUACAAAACCCAUUUUCCAUUGGCUGCAAAUUCGCAACCUCUCUGUAAAUUCAGGGCGUUUUCAUGGCUCUUGCAAGCUUGGUUACAGCAUGUCUCUUGACGGCGAUGGCUGCGAGCGUUGAUGCCUCGCCGUCGACCACUCGCAUUCUCAAAGGGAAGGUGUCCUGUCUCGACUGCGACGCCGUCUAUGAUCUCUCAGAGAUCGUAGUGAUGGUGAAGUGCGAAAGGGCAGGGAAGGUGGUGACAGCCACUACGGCUAAAGAUGGUGGGUUCGCGACGGAGCUGCCUUCCGAUGAGUGCGAGGCUAGGCUCGGCGGUGGUCGGAACCAGCUCUACGCUGCCAGAAAAGACAUGGUCGCUGAAAUCGUGUGGGUCGGUGAUGGGUCAGGUUCCGGCGACAUGUACGGCACUUCCACUCCGCUAGCGUUUUGCAGUGGGUGCCGGUGCCGGUCGAUCGGCAGCGACGGCGGGGAACAGUGCAAAGCUGCGGCGAGGAAAUUUGGUUCUUCCAAGACCUUCGACCUUCCUCUGCCGCCUGAGUGGGGGCUAGCGCCGUCUAGCUACUAUUUUCCUUUCUUCCCCAUUAUUGGCAUCCCAUAAGAUGUGUACACGUGUCCUUAGUAUUCUACUAGUCUCUUAAUGUGUGUGUAAUUAAAGGUUAAAUCAUAUUUUUAACCUUUAAUUACUUUAAUUACUGUUACUGUAAAACAUUUCAAUUACCUUUAACUUCCAUGUUUGUUCUAUUUAA